GGGCACGUGUAUUGCAGCUCAGCUCAUUGAAGAUAACCCCCCGUCCCCAUAGAGACAGGCUCCUACAACAGGGCUGCCCGUUAAACCUGCCAGUCCUUUCUCAGAGGCGAUGUCAGCCUCAGUAUUAAACACCCGGCUUUUGGAUAUUGAUAAUUUCCUCGAAAACGGUCUUCCGGAUGGUUGCCAGUCAGAUUUUUUAUUAUUGGAUUAACCACCAUCAGCCGCCAGCCGCAGCUUUAUCCUGAGAGGCCGGAGAUUUGUGUCGCUGGGCAGGGAGGAGUCCUGUGUUAUUUCACCGUCAGCUGAAGGGAGGCCAGUAUGUCGGUGUUUUAACAGCAUUCACCUCGAAGCUGCGGAGGGGACUCGAUGCGCUCUUAGAGGAUGGAUGUGGAGGUGAGUGCUGGCAGGGACAGCACCUGGAGGAGAGCAGCAGCAGCAGCAACAGCAGAUGAUGAUGAUGAUGAUACAGGAGGAGGAAGAGGAGGAGGUAUAGAGGCUCAGGUUGUACCGCUGGAGCUCUACGACUCUGCAAGAGCCAAAAUAGACGCAAAUCUCCGCUGGUUAUUUGCCAAAGCCUAUGGUAUAGACAACAUCCCUGCAGACCUGCGAGACCCCUUCUACACUGACCAGUAUGAGCAGGAACACAUCAAGCCCCUCAUCAUCCGCCCGCUGCUGUCUGGAGAGCUCUACUGCCGGGUGUGUGGGCUCAUCCUGCACGCUGAGCAGGCUGCCUCGCUCCAGAGCCACCAGUCUGUCAUCCAGGCCCUGUCCAGGAAAGGCAUCUAUGUCCUGGAGAAUGACAACACGCCUGUUUCUGAUCUGGACCUCAGCUCAGCUCCCAUAAAGAUGAGCGCCCACAUCCACCUCAUUGAUGCGCUGAUGAUGGCCUACAUAGUGGAGAUGAUCAGCAUAGAGAAGGUUGUGUCCAGUGUCAAGCGCUUUUCGAACUUCAGUGCCUCCAAGGAGCUGCCUUUUGACCUGGAGGACGCAAUGGUCUUUUGGAUCAACAAGGUGAACAUAAAGAUGAGGGAGAUCACAGAAAAAGAACUGAAAAUGAAGCAACAUCUGCUGGAGCCAUCCAGUCACCAGAAGUCCCCCUCCAAAUGGUACUGGAAGCUUGUACCUGUGCGUUACCGCAGAGAUCACCUGUCAGGUCGGACAUUUCAGCACUUCCCCCUGUUGGACGACUUGUUGAAGGACGUGUGUGAUGGCACGGCUCUGCUGGCUGUGAUCCACUUCUAUUGCCCAGAACUCGUUAGACUGGAAGAUAUCUGUCUGAAGGAGGUUCCCUCCAUAGCAGACAGUGUAUACAACAUCCAGCUACUGAAGGAGUUUUCUAAUGAGUACCUGAACAAAUGCUUCUACCUGAAGGCUGAGGACAUGCUGUAUUCUCCACCCGUACUGAAGAAUAACUUGAUGGUCUUCAUUGCUGAGCUUUUCUGGUGGUUUGAGAGUGUGAAGCCAGACUUCGUACAGCCCAGGGACCUUCAGGAAAUCAGAGAUGUGAGAUUGCUGCUGCAGCCUAAAGGUUCUCGAUCCCAUGUACCCAUCUCCAACGUCACAAAACGUAGUUUCCUGACAUCAUCGAACUCUGCUGAUGUAUUGACCACGCCCCCAAGCCCUGACCUCAGCGCUAAACAAAGCUCAGUAAGCCCUUCUCAGUCUUUACUGCCCCUGAGGCAGAGACAACAGAAGGUGUUUGAGGAGAGCACUUCAGAGCUGAGAAAUAGAUCCAACUCUCUGACACGUGCAGAUGGGCAGCACCAGGGCCCAGUACUGGCCUGGCCAGAGAGGAGGCCGAGGCCUGUAUCCCAACCAGCGCCCUAUGCCCUUCAUUUUCCCAUGGAGGACGAUGCAGACAGUAUCAGCCUUGCUCGCUCCAUCAGCAAGGACAGCUUGGCCUCCAACAUCAUUACCCCCAAACACAUGCUGGGGUCAGGCGCCCAUCUGUCGCAACACAGACUCAGUGGUCAAAGCCUGCUUAGUCACAUGCGCAUAGAAGAUGAAGAGGAGGAAAUAGAAGAGGAGGAACUGGUCGCUGUUAUCCAUCCUUAUGCAUUUUCUAGACAUCGACUUGGGAGUGACAUGGAACAGGAUGAGCUGGAAAUCCAGAGUGCAGCCACCACCUCAAGGGUUUUCAAUACUCGUUGCUCUCCUCGUCUUGACACGGGUCCCUUUACUCCGGACUGUCAGGCAGAUGGCUACUAUCUGGAGCCUUUGAUGCCUACUAUCCCUAAACCAGCCAAAGAGAAGAGCAUCAGCCUGAACAAGCAGGAGGAAAGUGGUGAGAGUCGCUGUAGAGCAGCAGUAGCUGCUAGGAAAGCAGCCACCAAUGUCCCAAGCACCCCACAGAGGAAAGCCCCUGCAACUGAGUCAAAUAGAAGUUCCUUCACACCAAUACAUGUUGCAGAAUCAGUGCCUAGCUCUCUUAGGCCGCUCACAGAGGGGUCGGUAGGCAUCUCUCCAUCUGGGAAGAAACAGUCCGAAGGCUUUUUCCUUCAUUUGUCAGGAGAGUCGGACUGCCACAGCCCUUUCUCCUCUACGCUGGAGGUAGGGCAUGACUCCGACUCUGACAUUGCAGACCUUGAGGAUGACGAUGAAGAGGACGAUCAGAUGGAGCUGACUAGAGAAGUGAUAAGGAGAGGAAAGGGAAAAUGCCUAGAAGAGGGGGAGGUGUGUGAAUUGGGAGAGGGCGAGUCAGCCAAGCUGAGAGAAGACUUGAAAGUGAGUGAGCGGGACGAUAAGGAAGAUGGCAGUGGACGCUCAAGUCCUUGCCUCAGUACCAUUUCCUGGGCAAGCAGCUGCAGCGCUUCAGGCAGUGCCAGUGUCAAGAUGACCAGCUUUGCAGAGAGAAAGCUCCUUAAACUUGGCCUGCGUGAUGGAUUUUCAAGUACCAGCAGCUCUCAGAAGACCACACCAGAUGGCUCUGAGAUCACCCCCUGCCCUCCCUGGCAACAGAGGAGUGACUGCAGUUGGCAAGCGAAGGAGCCUGGUUCUGUGUUGGGGAGUAAUAUGAUGGGGAGUCCCCCUGUAGUGCCUUCAGAGCUGCUGCAACUUCACAUGCAGCUAGAAGAGCAAAGACGCGCAAUAGAGUAUCAAAAGAAGAAGAUGGAGAACCAGUCAGCACGACAGAGACUAAAGCUUGGGAAAGCUGCGUUCUUGAACAUUGUCAAGAAGGGUGGAGGGAAGAGCGAGACACUUCCUCUACCACUAAAACACUCCCAGGAAUCCUCAGAACUAACAGCUGCUGAAAGAAAUAAAGUGAAGAUCCAGUCCUGCAGGGAUGAUUCCUGUCUUGAUGCUCUGAAGGUUCAGGCGAAGGCAGGUCAACCAGAGGCAGGACAGAUGAACAGAGACAACAGAUUGAACACUCUGUCUCAAGAUAAUGGGGCUGAAUCUGGCUUGAAUGAGUGUUCCCGCUCCAUAGAUUUACUCAAUGAAGCUAUUAAUUCCAUUCAGCAGCAGAUGAUGCAGCUCUCCUUUCAGCAAGACCUGCUGAUGAAGCAGAAUGUGGCCUCACCUCCAAAAUGUGUAGAGUCAGUUCCUAGCACAACUCCCAUCACGACACAAACAGCAUCCUCUACCUCAGAGUCCAAAUCUUUUGCCGUCCACUUUGUAGAUAUCAGUGGCAGCAAUUCUUUUCCUGCUCGCCGUCCUCCCAAGCUGAGCUCCAGCCAACGCAGCAAAGCCUCGGACAGGAAACAGAGCAAAGACAACAGCAAGGUUUCCUCUAUCAAGUCUAAUACUCAGUCUCCAGAGGGCACGCCAUCUCCAAGAGAAAGUACCGACGGAGACCAGGAGUUGGGGACUAUUGCAGAGAGCUCCAGGCUAGAGAGAAGCGUUCAGAGAAACACCACCUUCAGAGUCCAUGAUGGCACCGGAGAAGGAACUGAGCGCCUCCCAGACAAACCCCAGUCACAGGACCCAUCAGUCAUCUCCAGUACAGCCGUAUCUCCCUCACAGGCUGCGGAACCACAAGAGCACAAAGCUGACAACUCAGGAAAAGAGGCUUUGGGAGGAGAUGAGAGUACCAAGGUCAAAGGCCAACUGAUUGAGGUCGACUUGUCAGAGCUUAAGGAGCCACUGCAGGAUGGCAGUGCAGAUGUUGCAGACGGCACAGCAGACAGCGAGCAGAAGAAUGUGUUGGGCUUCUUCUUUAAGGAUGAUGAGAAGGCAGAGGAUGAAAUGGCCAAACGCCGUGCUGCUUUCCUCCUCAAACAGCAGCGCAAAGCUGAAGAGUCAAGACUACGCAAACUACAACAAGAAGCCGAGAGUGAGCUCAAACGUGAUGAGGCCAGGCGUAAGGCAGAGGAGGACCGUGUUCGUAAGGAGGAGGAGAAAGCGCGGCGAGAACUGAUUAAGCAGGAAUACCUCCGGAGGAAGCAGCAAGCGCUGAUGGAGGAGCAGGGUCUGGUCAAACCUCGUCCAAGGACUAAAUCCCGCAGGAACAGGCCGAAAUCACUGCACCGUGAAGAGUCCAACAGCCUCUCCAAAGGAUCCACCACACGUAAUUCUCUGAAGGUGUCCAUGUUGAUCAAAGCCCAGGGCUCAGCAGCAGGCUGCAGGGGAGCUGAUCUGAGCUGCAGUCAUCGAGGAUCGACCCUCUCUUUGGCGACUGAGGCAGACAGUGUCAUCUCUGGAGGGGCAGAGUCACAGAGGGCUGGAUCUGUGUGCUCUAUGGAGUCCUUCCCCAUGCUGAGCAGGGCAUCUAGCAGGAACAUGGAAAGGGACUGGGAGAACGGCUCCAUAGCCUCCUCCAUCACCUCUACAGAGUAUAACGGUCCAAAACUCUUCAAGGAGCCGAGCUCUAAGUCCAACAAGCCAAUCAUCAUCAAUGCCAUCGCUCACUGCUGCCUGGCUGGGAGGGUUAAUGAGCCCCAGAAAAAUGUUGUUCUGGAGGAGCUCGAAAAGUGCGAGUCCAACCACCUGAUCAUCCUCUUCCGUGACGGCGGGUGCCAGUUCCGCGCCAUUUAUUCUUACUCACCUGACACUGAGGAGAUCAUCAAGUUCACAGGCACUGGACCACGCACCAUCAGCCGAAAGAUGAUCGACAAGCUCUACAAAUACAGCUCGGACCGCAAGCAGUUCACCGUCAUCCCCGCCAAGAGCGUGUCGGUCAGCGUGGACGCCCUGACCAUCCACAAUCACCUCUGGCAGGUCAAGAGACCGGGGAGUGCACGGAGGAAGUGAGAAAGAGGAGGAGAGAAAGACAAAUGGACAGUUUCUGUUCUGAUCUACGACUGUUGGGCAGGACCCAAUAAUCGUGGAGAUGAUUGACAUGUGAUCAUGUGUCCGACAGGUCAAGAGAUAGAGGAGGGUUAGAUGUUCUCAGUAAUGGAGAUGUCAGUCUGUGGCAGUGCAAGAAUAUGAAACACCUGCCAAGUGAAUGCACUCUGUUUUUUCUUUUUCUUUUUUUUAGGUUUUUAUUCUGCAUGUCACACAUUUAUGUUUUAAUUUGUAGGUACAUCCUACACUGAUUAGGCACUAUGGACGAUGGAUUCUUAAGUAGCAGUGAAGAGGAAAUGGACCCUGGGGUCGAAAGCUACUGAAUCUACUUACAGUAGCAAGCAUACUACUGAUACCUGAGACAUGCAGUGGUGAAAAGUCACUUGAUAAUGUCUUGUAAAGUUUGCUAUUUCAGCUUGGCAAAAACAAUUACCCUACUGCUGUGAUUAAUCCAGGCUCCACAUACAGAGCCCCUGUUUAUUCACCGGUAACUACUACUGGUCAGUGCUUUUGUGACGAGGGAGCUUUGAACAAACUUUUUUAUGUAAGUACGGAAUGGAUGUUAGUGAGUGGUAAUGUCCAGUCUUGUUUUCUAUUAAGUGUGUUUGGGGAAGUGUGUGAGUAUUUGUGUUAGGGAAGUGGAGAGCUGAAUGCACCACUUGUGCAUCCAGCUCUGAAUGUUUACUCUCUUGAUUAUGCUUUAAAACUUCUGUCAUGCAACAGAACAAUGGAGCAAAGCAACAAAACUCUUUUUUUUGUUUUUUUGUUUAUUUUUUGUUUGGAAGCUGCUGUAACGGUGGAAGAGAAAUAAUGUUUUUACAGGAGGGGGAAAUUGUACUAGUAUUUAUUCCAAACAGGAAGCGCUUUUCAGACUCAGUGCAUUAUAAUCAGUAGUGCAUUAUAUUGUAUUUACUUAGUACUUGUAUUCCACCACCUGUAUGAGCCAUCUGAGAUCCCUGACUGGCUCAUACCGCUGAACCAAAAUGAACUGAGUUAUGCCACUGAGAUGUUUGCUGCUCAUUAACCGCUCACUGGAUUCCGGUGAGCGUUAGAUUUUAAUGUAGCUUCUGGCGUUCAACACUAGUUAUAUCCCUGUAAUGACUGACUGUCAGCAGCUGGUAUGAUGUGGGGGGGGGGAAACUGCACAAUACUUGAUAUUUGUUUGCUGCAUUUGUACAUUUUUGAGUAGUAUUUUUUGUACAUUAUGUACAAGUUAUGUUUACUAAAAAAGCAGGCACUAUUUUGAGGUUUAUUCUGUCACAAGCUUUCAGAGAUGUUAUCGGUCUUAUUUCAUUGUGUUAUGUUGUUUAUUUAUUUUGAAGAAAUAUAAUAAAAUGCAACUAGGUACGUU